UUUCCCUCCGCCGCUUGGUAUAUCUGAUCGAAAAAUCGGCGGCCACACUGGCGCCGCACAAACUUCGAGUGAAAAGCGAUCGGCCGCAGUGAGAACAACAAAUCGCACAAAAAAGCAUAAACAAUAGUGAGCGAAGCAAAAGCUAGUGAAUAAAAUCGGAAACAAAAACAAAAUCAAAGCAAACAACGGCUUAGCAGACAGCGAGGGGCGGCAGUCAAAGGUCGGCAGAUGGGCGGCCAACGGAUCUUCGUGCCCUCCGCUGGCCACUCUCCCCGCGCCCCUUGUUGCUCUCGCAGCACGCGCCGUUGUUGUUGCUGCUCGGCCAGUUGCAGUUCCCGUUGCCCCAGUGGCUGUUGUUGUUGUUGCAGUAGCUGCCGUUGCAGCCGACCAGCGGGCACAGCGCAGUGAGAGCGAGCGGGACGGCAGGCGAGCGCCACCAGAGGUGCGAGCGAGAGCCCCAGCCCUUUGCAAUGGUCUCCAAGAAGCGUUCCAAUGCCGCCGAGCGUGUCCAGCGCUCGACGGCGACUGCGGCGGCGGCAGCAGCGGCCGCUGCAGCAGCGGCGUCCACGACGCAGGGCAAGAAGCGGCCCGGGAAGCAGACGACGAAAGCCUCCGGCGGCGGCGACGAGGCGGAGGACAAGAAGUCCUCCAGCAAGACGGACUCGAGUGCAGCCAAGAAGCCGGGCAAGGAUCCCACGGGCUCGGCGGGAUCACAGACCGCCCCCGCCACCGAGAGUGCUGGUGGAAAGGCCACGGCCUCAACUACUGCCGCAUCCACCUCCACCUCCACAUCCGCCUCCACCUCCACCUCCACCUCCAGUAGCCUGAAACUCUCACCCGAGGAGCGGCACGAGGACGGCAAGGCGCGAGCCAUCAACAAGAUGCUCAAGAGCCUGGACAUCAAGAUCCACGGCUUCGACAACCUACUGCCCAGCGGCGAGGAGCGACUCAGCGACGGCGUGCUCAAGUCCUCCAUUUCGGAGAAUGUCAAGACCAAGUCGCGGGCAGCAGCGGUCAAGGUGAUAUCCAGCCUGAACCCCGGCAAGCUGCCGGCGGUGAAGCGAGUGCGUCCCUCCCCGGAGCCAGUGAAGGAAAAGGCGGAGAAGGUCACCGAGAAGGACAAGCCCAAGACGGAGCAGGAGCUGACGCCGCCCGCUUCAGAGGAAUCGCUGGCCACUAAGGUGCCCAAGAAAGCAGUGCAGCAGGCCAAAAAGGCCAAGGUGGAGCAGUCAUCAGCAGCGGCAGCCCAGGCGCCAGAGGCGACCGCAACUGGCGCGGCCACGCCAGCGCCAAGCUCCGCCAGUUCCAAGCAAACUGCGGCCAAGAAUCCCGGAAAGAAACCGGCCCAGGCAGAGCAGCCCAAGAAGGAGCAGCUACCUAAGCCCGCCAAAGUGAGCAAACCGAAGAAGGCGUCGGCUGGUCACGAAGCCGCCGCGCAGAAGAACACCUCCCGCAUGCCUGAUUCCAAUACCGAAUCCGUGCACAUGGAGCUGGAGGAGAUUGUCAGCACGCCCACGGCCACGCCGACGCCCUCGGCCACGCCCACGGCGACGCCAACGCCCACGGCCACACCCACGGUAACACCAACGCCCACGGCUACGAGGACACGAACUCCCACGCCUACGCCCACACCCACAUCGACAACCACUGCCACGGAGGCAGUGCAGCCAGCUCCACCGCCACCGCCACCAGCAGGUGCGGCCAAGCAGCGACCGAAGGUGAAGUACACCAAGACGUCGGCUGGUUCCAAGGGGCGGAUGCAACAGGCGCUGCACCAGAAGGCGCCGCCGGCCUCCUGGAGCGGGGCCAAGGAUAUUUACGACUUCAAGUCCGGAUCGGAGGACGAGGAGCCCAUCAAGAUGGUGCUGCCCUCGCUGAAGGAGCUGCGCGAGUUCUCCGAUGAGGACAACAAGCCGCUGAAGCUGUUCGAGCGACAGGAGAAGGCCAAGGCGAGCCCGGUGGAUGAGGAGGAGCAGCCGUUGGUCAAGAAGGAGGAGAAGCCUUCGGUGGAGAAGGAGCUGAAGGUGAAACCAAGGGAGAAGGAGAAGGAAAAGGAGAAAGAAGUAGAUCCUUUGAGCAACGCACAGCAGUCCGAACCAGCAGCCAAGACCACCAGCAGCAGCACCACCUCCACCAGCACAGCCACCUCCUCUGCGGGCAAGAAGCAGGCCAAGAGGAAGCUGGCCACUCCAACGCCCGCUCCGGCGGGUCGCAAGAAGAAGCCGGCGGGCAAGGGUAAGGCCGCUGCGGCGAAGGAGCCGCCGGCCAGCAACAGCUCCGCCGAGAGCAGCUCCUCCGAGGACGAACGCAAGCUGAGUGCCUACAGCGGGCCAAAGCGACACCGCAUGGCCUCGCUGAACGCCCUGGCCAAGGUGCAGUGCCUCUACGAGAACGAAUCGCGCACGGCCCACGAGCUGGGCCUGUCCAAGGCCACACAGCAACCGCCGCGUAUCCGAACGCUGGACGGGAGUGACGAUGACAACCACAAGGAUUCGCCGCGUCACGGGGACACGGACAGGGACAAGGGAUCCGUGAGUCCGCCGCACACCUCAGCUGCUCCAGCGGCCGCUGCCGCCAGUGCUCCAGCGCCCAAGGAGGCGGAGCCGCGAAGGGAACUGCGCUAUGUGCCGGGUGGCCGAGGCGUGGGGAAGCACUGGGAGUUCGACAGCGACAGCGAGACGGAGGAACUGCAUCUCCAGCAGACCCUGCCGCCGGUCAAGAAGAAGAAGCUGCCCAAGAAGGCGCCGCCCAAGAAGAGCGCCUCUAAUGAGACAGAGGCCAAGCGCAAGAAGAAGGCGGUUCAGGUGGAGGAGAGCGAUGAGGACGAGGCCCGCGAGAAGGAGCCCAAGGAGAAGCCCAAGCCUCCCAAGCAGCUGCCCAAGAAGCGCAAGACCGCCUUCACCGAGGAGCUGAUCGGGGACUACAAGGGCAUCCUGGCCAGAAAGCGCAUGGCCAGUCUGAAUGCCAGCGCCAUCGUGGCGGCCACCUACGAGGUGGAGCGCCAUCUGGACAAGAACCUGGCCAGCGAUUGCAGCAGCUUCGAGAGCUACGACGAGCUGGAUGUGAUGCCCACCACCACCAGCAAGGCGGCAUCCGCGGCAGCCCUCAAGGCCGAGGUGAUCCACAUCAAGAAGGAGCCCAAGGAGUCCAAGGAAUCCGUGCGAGAGCGGGAACGUGAGCGGGAGUACGAGCGCAAGCGGGAGCGCGAGAACGAGCUGAAGGACUCGAAGGAUGCGGCGGUGGGCAAGAUGUCCAGCCAUUCGAUCAUCGAGGAGAGCAACGACUCCAAGUACUCCAAGGAGACCAAGGAGACGAACACGGACACCACCAUCACCACCACGGGCUACCGCGACUCGGCGGCCAGCACCAAGGACGCCAAGGACUGCAGUCGGCCCACCUCCUCGUCGGUGGUCAUUGUCCAGGACACGGACGUGACCAUCACCGGCGUCUACGUGAACGCCAGCAACGGCGCCGCCCAGGAGGCCUACUGCAAGAUGCAGUACCGCGUCCAGUCGAGCGUCACCGAGGAGCGCGUCCUGCGCCCCGGCUCCGUGGAGCCGCCCAAGUCCUACACGCCGCUCAGCGCCCUGUCCAGCAUGCUGCCCCCGGGCGCCAGCUCCGGACUCAGCGAAGCCCACAGCUCGCCGCCGCUGCCUGUCCACUCGGCGCCCGCGGGACCGCAUGUCUUGCUGCCCGGCGAGCACCUCAGCGCCGGCAUGUACCACGCCCCCGAUCUCGGCCUGCACACGGAGCACGCCCUGCCCGACCACCAUGGGCCGCCGCCGCCCUCGUAUGCCGCCGCAGCAGCCGCGGCUGCGGCCGCCGCCGCCUACCACGCCCACCAGCUGGCGCCGGGGGGCGGCGGGGUGCUGCACAUGCACCACCAGCACCAGUACGCCGCCCAUGCGGCCCACGCCCAUCACUACCAGCAGGCGGCCGAGUAUCACGGCGGGCCGCCACCGCCGCCACAUCACUACGGAGGACCGCCGCCCCCGCCCCAAGGCCACUACGGACCGCCGCCGGGAGCACCGGUUCCGGUGCCGGUGCCCGUGCCCGUGCCCAAUCCGGUGACCGUGCCGCCCGAGCGCUGCGACGUGGGCUCGCCGCCGCCGUCGUACCGCGCCAGCGCCUAUCCGCCGCCCUCGAGCGUGGGCAUGCCACCGCCCACCUUGGGCGGCGGGUCGAGCGCCUUCUGUGCCCCGAGCCCGCUGCACCAUCACCAGCACCAGCAGCCGGGCCCAGGAGUGGGGCCACCACACCAUGAUCCCAGUGGCUACUAUCAGCCGGCUGGACCGCUGAUCUCGCCGCAUGUGAUCGCCGCCCCGCCGCCGCCCGUGCAGGUGAAGAAGCUGCAGGAGGAGGACAGUGUGGCCCCCGUCGCCGGUUCGCCCACGCAGCUGCAGCAGCAGCAGCACCAGGCGGCCGCCGAAGCCGCCGACCAGGCGGCAGCCCAGUCGCAGGCGGCGCAGACGCACGGCCACGCCCCGGGCCACGGACACGGCCACAAUCCGCAGCAGGCGCCGCAUCCGCCGCAGCCACAGCCGUAUCCGGCCAGCGCCGUGGCGGCCGCAGCCGCGGCAGCCGCCGCCCACCAGGGCGUGCCCUAUUCGCGCUCGAUGCACGCGGCCCAGAUGCACUACUCGACCGCCUAUCCGCCCAACUACUACGCGCCAUAUCCGGGCGAGGUCAUGUGCUACUCGCCGCCCACCUACCAGCCCUACUUCUCGAGCAAGGUCUACCAGCCAUCGCAUCCCGGCCAUCCUGCCGCCCAUCCGCAGGGUCCGCCGCCGCCGGGCGCCUACCGCCGUUAUCCCUACUACCAGCACGCGGGUCCGCCGCCGCCGCACGAGCUCUACGAACAGCAGCAGCAGCCGCCCCCGCCGCCCGUCUCAUCCGGCUCGGUGUCGGGUCCGCCGCAACAGCUGCCGCCCACCAGCAGUUCAGCAGCUGCGGGUGCAGGAGCGGGAGCAGCAGGAGCAGCUGGAGCGGGAGCAGGAGCACCCGCUGGCAGCCAGUUGGUACCGGCCCACCAGCAGCAACACCAGCAGCAGCACCUGGAGCACUAUCCCGGGCCGCCCAGCUACUACGCCGGCUACAGUCCCGGCGGAGGAGCGUCCUCCGGCCAGUGCUACACGCGCGGCCUGCAAGGACCGUAUAUGGAGUAUCCUCCGCAGUGUCCCUGCCCAAUGCCUCAAUCGUGUCCAAAAAACGUCCAUACUGGGCCUCAUAUUGGUAGCAACAUCAUCAGCAACAUCGACCAGAGCAGCAGCAAGAACACCAGCAGCAGCAGCAGCACCAGCAGCAGCAGCUGCAGCAGCAACAUGUUGCUGAGUGCCACCAGCAACAGCAACAUCAGCAGCAGCAGCAGCAGCAGCGGCGGCGGCGGCAGCAGCACCUUGACUGCCUGCAGCAGCGCUACGACAACAACCACAGCGUCAGCGUUGACUACCAGUAGAGGCCCAGUGAAAAAUGUCACACCCAUCAACAACAACAGCAACAGCAGCAGCUGCCACACCAGCAGCAGCAACAGCAGCAGCCAGACCAGUGAGACGACCUCACGGGCAACAGCAGCCACCAACACGAACACGACGGCCACCACCGCCACCACGGGCACCCAGUGCCAGAUGCUCGUGAAGACGGAGCUGAAGGGCGAGAACCCGCAGGUGACCAAGAUGCAGUACGAGGCGCAUGUGAUGCCGCCGCCCACUCCGCCGGAGAGCUACUGCGCCAGCGACGAGAAGCUCCUCGACGACCAGGAGCAGGAGGCGGAGCUGGAGCUGCGCCUGCGUCUGGGCCUGCGCAUGGAGAAGAGUCACCAGCAUCAGCACAUCGAGGCGUACGAUCUCACCUGCACCACCCCGCCCCCAGUCAGCGCUCCCCAGGUGGCAGCGGCAGCGGCGGCGGCGGCGGCGGCAGUGCCGCGCAAGGCGAGGAUCGGCAAGAGCAUGGCCAGGGAGAUGGUCUAUGCCGCCCAGCAGCAGCAGCAGCAGCUGCCGGAGAAGCUAUUGAAGCAGCCAAAAGUCGCUUCACCCAAAUUGGAAACGCAACCAGAGAUGCCUUUCGUACUUAAAGCGGAAAUCAAAGCAGAGACCAAAAUCAAAAUCGAGCACGACGGUGAGGCGCAGCAGGCCAGCACACAUAUCAGCGAACUGCCGGACCUGAAGCCCACCAUCAAAACGGAACCCGAACCGGAGCCGGAGCAGGAACAGGAGCCGAAAGCGGCACCACUGCCUGCUGUGGCCAAAACGGAACCAGAGGCAGAGCAACAGCUGGAGGAGCAGCCGGCGAGCAGCGAGGAGCCGCAGCCCACGCCCGGCGGCAGCAAGCAGCGCAUCAACCUGCUGGCCUCCUCCAGUGGCAACAAGAAGACCAAGACGAACCACAGCUACAAGAGCCUGAUCAAGCAGGCGGAGCCCAAGAACUACCUGUGUCCGGGUCGCAGGUUCAUCCGUCGCCAUGGACGUGCGCCGGCCAAGUAUGCCAAGCGGCGUCAGAUGGUCCUGACGCAGCGACAGCAGCAGCGGAUGCGAGUGCAGCGCCGCGAGCAGCAGCAGCAGCGACGCCAGCAACGCGAGGCGGCAGCAGCAGCAGCGGCAGUGUGCUCUUCCUUGGGAGCCCCGACCGCGGAGCCAGGAGCAGAAGGACCCGGUGCCAAGGAGCAAGCUUCUAGCACGACACAGGUCAACAGCUCGGCCACGCCCGGCGCCUCGCCCAAGAGGGCGCGUCCGCGGAAACAGGAGAUUGCUGCACUGCAUCUGCUCGAAGGCUUGGACACGGCGCUGAGUCGUGGCUACUUCAGUGACCCGGAGCUGAAUCACAGCAGUCGCAAGCAGGCGCCGACGACAGUGGGUGGACUCUACCCCGCCUCCUCGCCGCUGACCCCGGCGGCGGAGCACAGGGGCAAACAGCCCGCCGCCGAGAAGCGCUCCAAGUCGGAGACCAAGAAGCCAGCGGCGGAGGAGAUUGCCGAAGCAGCCUUGCCGUGCAAAAAGCCACGCAAACAGCCCGCCGCCAAGGCGAAGGGCAAGAGCAAGAAGUCAACGGCGGCAGCGGCGUCGGCGACAGUGGCAUCCUCGGCAGAAGCACAGGCAGCGACGGCGGUGUCAGCAGCCACUGCAUCUUCCGCCCAGGAGACCAACAACAACGAGUAUCAGACGGCGGAUCUGCAGGCCCAGAAGUUCCUUGAGCCACCGACUGCCACUGAAGCAUCGGCAACAGCAACAUCAACCUCCCAGCAGCAGCAACAACAUUCCGAGGAGCAACACCAGUUCCUGGUGCCCAGUCAACCAGCCACUGGCGUUGCCCCCACAGCCACUCCUCCGCCCAGCCGCCAGGGUCAGACGACGCACACCAAGCGGGCCAGGUCGCGCUGCAAGUUCGGAAAUCGCAAGCGCCAGCGCCAGCGACCUGGGGGCGUCAGCUACGAGCUGGAUGUGACCCAGCCGCCGGCCACCAAGGCCAAUGUGGUGCCCAAGUGGAACAAUGGCUGGAUGUGGGCGGGCAAGGCCUUCCAGGGCGCCGUCUUUCUCAAUAGCGAUGAUCCGCUGGUGCUGCGCACCUGCUACCCGGCCAUGCGGCACGUGGAGGGCGACAUCAUUCGCAUCCGGGACUGCGUGCUGCUCAAGGCCAACGAGGACAACGAGCUGCCCUACGUGGCCAAGGUGGCGCACCUGUGGCAGAACCCCGAAGAUGGCGAGAUGAUGAUGUCGCUGCUGUGGUACUACCGGCCGGAGCACACUGACCAGGGCCGGCAGCGCAACGAUUGUCCCGACGAGGUCUACGCCUCCCGGCACCGGGAUCACAACUCGGUGGCCUGCGUCGAGGACAAGUGCUACGUGCUCACCUUCAGCGAGUACUGCAGGUAUCGUCGCCGCCUGCGUGCCGCCGAGGAGGAUGUGGAGGACGUGAGCAUUGUGCCCCGCCGGCCGAGCAGUGCCACUGCCCCCGGAUUCCCGGUGCGCACGGUGCCGGAGCACACGAAUCCGGAGCUGGUGAUGUUCUGCCGCCGAGCCUACGAGUUCCGGACGCGACGCCUGCUCAAGCUGCCCCAGAAGAACGGGCUCGUGUGCAGCUCCAGCUAGCGCAAGGCCUGAUCGAGUUCCCAGUGGGACAGAUGAAGUGCGGAGUGUAGGAACAUUAGCUUAAAUACAGAUUGCGCCGGCAAUCGGAGGAGCGAGCGUGGAGGGGGAAAGCCCUGGCAGAGGACAAGGGAAUGCGAGGAAGAAAGUUACAUUGUUUUUUGAUCAGUCUACAGUAUUGUUAAAGAUAUUUCGUGUCUUCGUUGUUGAGAGAUAUCUGCAAGUUGGAGAGCGGGCUGGGCAUUCGGCGCAUUCGUUGUUCCUAAUCAAAUUACGAUUGCCCACGUUGCGCCCGUCGUUCGAUGUUUUCAGACCCAAAUACACGUACAUACCUCUGUCGGGGCGGGAUAGGAGACACACAGCUACACCCGGGACACCAAGGACACCCAGGAGACACGGCUACACACAGACACACACACCAGACCAAAACGUAGGCGAAGGCUUCUCCCCAGGAUGUGGGAGAUUUCGAGGGAGGUGCGAGGAUUGAAUGGAGAAUUUAGGAAAGCAAGCAACUGCUAGGAGAAGGCAUUAAAUAUUUUACAUUGUAUUACAUAAUUUAUUUAUUCUGACUACCCAAACCCCACAACCACACACACACACACACACACACACACACACGGAUAUUUUUGUUAUUAAGUUGUAUGUAUUUAUUAUCAUUAAUAUCGAGUUAGUCAACAUUCUGUGUACAGUUUCCCGCUCGCUUAAGCUCUUGUCGCUCAAGAAACUCUUGGAACCUUUAUAUCCAUUAGUAAUCUUUAAUUUUUCUUGUACCCUGUUACUCAUUAGUCCUUUAGAGCAACAAUGACCUUUGCUACAUAAUAAUUGUGGGUGCCACAGAAAAUGUUUAAAUUGCUUACAGAUUUUUUUCUUUGAAUUAUCACUAUGCCUGGUGCGAUUUUACCUUAGGAAGUAGGUAUGUUUUUUUUUUUUUUAAUUAAAAUAUUAGGUACAAACUAGUUCUGAAUCGCCAAAUUAUGUCUAUGGACUUUAAAUUCUAAUGACGAAAGAAAAAUAUAUUUAAAUAUUCAAAAUUUAAAUUCUACCAGAGGAUACCAGUCACCCACAAUCUUUUACGAGGAUAUCUUGGGCUAAAGGUUUCCCUUAUCGUUUCGUUUAUGCUCCAAAUUAAAGAAAAUACCCCUCAUUUAUAGACUAAAAUUCAGAUUUAUGUAAAACCCCGAUGCUCAGGCAAAAACUUUGCGCACAGACAGACCAACUUAACUAUUUUACACUUCGAAAUGAGAUUUCUGGCUCCAGAGGCGGAAAACUGGAGGACUUAACAUCGAUUUUUGCUAGGCGCUGUUGGUAUAUAUUUUUUAGUUGUUGUUAGUUUUUGUAAGCGAAGAAAAACAAGCAGUUUGUACUCUUAAUUCGACCAUUAUUUUUUGUUUUCGUUUUAUUUCGGAAAUUUGAUUUCAGGGCAGCGAUUUUCUGUUCACAUUUAUUAUUCAGCUGCAAACAGUUAAAAACGAAUCUUUAGGGAAGGAACAACAGAAACAACAACAAGUCACAUUAUUAUAUUAUACAAAAAUAUAUAUAUUAUAUAUAUACGUAGUUCUAUAUAAACAAAUAUCCUUAUCCGUAUGAAUAUUUUUUUUGUAAUCUUAAUUUAAUUUAGUUGUAACCUUUUUAGUUGCUAAGUUGAUAUUGCUAAUAGUUUGUUUUAUACCAAAUACACAGAAAAAAACAUUAAGCGAUUCUAAGAAACCUAUUUAUGCACACCCAAACACACACACAUACAUCUAUGCACAAGUGUAUAGUUUUAUUGAUAUAUAAAUAUAUAUGAAUUAUAUGUAUUAUUUUUUAAACCAA